AUGUCGGAGGUUUGCACUAAGAUAGCCAGCGGCCACACGGUGCAUGAGGUCGACUGCGCCACUAAAGAGAAGAUCGACAAGCUGCUACCGGGGCCCUGGGCGGACGUGGUGCUGCUGAGGCCCCACAACUGGGUUUUACUUCGUAGCUUUCUUCAAAUUCACGAGAAGGUCUACAACUUCAAGUUUCGACCUGACGAUGUAGUGGUGAUGACAUACCCUAAAUGUGGUACCACAUGGAGCCAGGAGAUCGUCUGGAACAUGAGGAACAACCCAGACCUUGACAACCCAGACGCUGAUGACGCACUCUUCGUACGCAGCCCCUACCUUGAGAUGGACAUGCUUUUCGUGCCCGGAUUGCAGAUCGACGUGGCUGUGAUGUCCGUCUUCAUGAAGGGCAUCGAAAAAUACGUCAAGGAUCUUGACCAGCACUGGCGAAAUUGGACUAUGUUCCAGGUAGCUGAAGCCCACAGAAAGCCUCGCACUAUCAAGACUCAUCUGCCCUUUUCCAUGCUGCCCAAGAAACUAUUCCCAUUGACCCCACAGGUUGUUUACGUGUCACGUAAUCCCAAGGAUAAGGUACUGUCCGCUCAGCACCACUACAAGCUCACGAAAAUGCACAACUUCGUCGGCACUCAGGAUGAAUUUGUUGACCUCUUCGUGGAAGAUUUGCUGUUAUACAGCCCGUACGGGCAGCACCUGAAGGAGGCGUGGUCCCGACGCCACCACCCCAACUUCUUCAUGACGACGUUCGAGGAGCUCAAGGCAGACACCCGCCAGCAGCUCACGAAGCUCGACGCUUUCUUGGGCACCGGCCUUACGGACAAGCGGCUCGACAACCUUUCACUUGCUCGCUCACUCACUCACUCACUCACUAUCACUCAUUCAAAUGCUUUUGAUGUUUGCUACUAA